AGCUGCCUGCGUGAGCGCGUGUGUGGCCACUGCAGUGGCGGUGGCGGCCGGGCCCGAUCUGGCCCGCGAGACCCCUGAGCGCUUCCGAGGAGCCCGGCUGGAGCGCCCGCCCCGCGGCCUCGCCUCCCUGCCGAGCUUCCAGCGCCUCGGGACGCGAUGAGGACCUGGGCUUGCCUGCUGCUCCUCGGCUGCGGAUACCUCGCCCAUGCCCUGGCCGAGGAAGCCGAGAUACCCCGGGAGUUGAUCGAGCGGCUGGCUCGAAGUCAGAUCCACAGCAUCCGGGACCUCCAGCGACUCUUGGAGAUAGACUCCGUAGGGGCUGAGGAUGCCUUGGAGACAAGCCUGAGAGCCCAUGGGUCCCACGCCAUUAAGCAUGUGCAGGAGAAGCGGCCUGUGCCCAUUCGCAGGAAGAGAAGUAUUGAGGAAGCCAUUCCCGCAGUUUGCAAGACCAGGACGGUCAUUUACGAGAUACCUCGGAGCCAGGUGGACCCCACAUCGGCCAACUUCCUGAUCUGGCCCCCGUGUGUGGAGGUGAAGCGCUGCACCGGCUGCUGUAACACCAGCAGCGUCAAGUGCCAGCCCUCCAGGGUCCACCACCGCAGUGUCAAGGUGGCCAAAGUGGAGUAUGUCAGGAAGAAGCCAAAAUUGAAAGAGGUCCAGGUGAGGUUAGAGGAACACCUGGAGUGUGUAUGCGCGACCUCCAGCCUGAACCCAGACCAUCGGGAGGAGGAGACGGAUGUGAGGUGAGAUGAGCCGGCCGCCCUCUCCCGGGACACGGAUGUACGUGGCGUGUGACAUUCCUGAACAUACUAUGUACGGUGCUUCAUUGCCAAUGUGCGUACGGUCUUUGUUCUCCUCCGUGAAAAACUGUGUCCGAGGACAAAGAGACAGUGUCCGUUUGUUCAGUGUGACAUCAAAGCAAGUACUGUAGCACUCGGAGAGACAGCGAGAAAGCUUCCUUGUCACAGAGAGCGAAAACAAAACCACAAAAUAGAAAAAAAAAAAAAAAACCAACAAAAAAAAUUAAAAAAAACAAAAAAACAAAAAAAACCAAACCCAAACCACACCCAACAACAGAAAAACCCCACCAGAAGAAACAAAAAGACUGACGUGGGUGACGGAAGGCCGCCCUGCAGGGCUGACCCCCGCGUGGUGGCUGUCGCUGGCCACUACCCUGGAUUCUGCCUGUGGGCACAGGUGCUUUUCGCCAAGGACGCCUGGAGCCUGCUAGGGCUGCUACCUGCCAGCCCCCCCUAGGCACAGGGACUGAAAUAGUGGGAGAUGCCCACAGGCCUGGAAGCCACCACCUCGCUUGAGUCUGCCUAGGACCUCCUGGUGGCCUUAUGUGGUAUUUCUUUUUUCUUAUCUUUUUCUUUUUCCUUUCCUUCCUUCCUUUCUUUCUUUCUUUUUUUUUUUUUACACCAUGAAGUGAUUACACUUCUUUUUAUUAUUAUUCUCCGCCUAGCUUUUUUUUUUUUUUUUAAAUCUCUUGGAUGACAUUUUUGUCGAUAACACGCACGAGGCUGCUGUAACUUGGGACAGUGAGACGGUUAUUUUUUUUUUCCUAGCCAAACUAAUGAGGUGUAUUAAAAUAAACAUGAUAUACCUACCUAUA